ACCCUUCGGGGGGAGGGGGUCAACAUUAUUGACAUGCCAGAAACAACGACUAGAAAACUGCGCGCUUUGAAUCACACAGUGCAUAUGAGCAUCGCACACGGUGAAGACAAGGCUGAAGAGUACUUCGCGUAAUCCCUCCACCAUGUUGCAAUCUGUGCGAGUUGCUCUGCUGUUCUACGCGGCUUCUGCUCUGCUUGUUGUGGGGUUCGGGGUGUUAAAGCUGCUACAGUGCUUCCACUGUAUGGAAAGACCGCUUAUGAGACUUUUCCUUUUCAUCGCUACGGUCGAAAUACGGAAAGAUGCGUACUGGGCGAACGUGUUCGGCUGGGAAUCUCUAAAGGCGCACCUGGAAAUGAUACAAUUGGAACUGCAGAGAGAAGCAGUACCGGGAAAAAUUGCUCCUAAUCCACCUCUCGUAUCCCUAGAUGGAAAAGAAAAAAGCCAUCUUCUGGAUCACGUGCGGGGAAGUCGGCCUCUUAUCGUAAACCUGGGAAGUUGCACUUGUCCCGUGUUCAUGAAGAGACAAAGUGAAUUCAAGAAAAUCGUGGAGGAGUUUAUGAGCGUCGCGGACUUUGCCACUGUCUACAUCAAGGAGGCGCAUCCCUCGGACGAAUGGAAGUUCGAGGGUAACAUCGAAAUACAACAGCCUCGUACAAUACAAGAGCGAUGCCGCGCGGCACAAAAACUCAAAGAGCUUAACAAGCUCCACCCCUCUUCGAGACUCCUGGUCGAUACAAUGGAGAACCUCGCUAACAAGAGCUUCGCCGGGCUGCCUACCAGACUGUACAUCAUACAUGACGGGCGUGUUCAGUAUGCGGGUGGAAUGGGACCAACUUUUUAUCACACUCAGGAUAUCAUGCAAUGGCUUGCAGAAUACAAGAAGAAAUCCACUCGGCAGAGAGCAAAGGCGUAAUUUGUGUAGAGGCUGGGGGCGACUGGGCUAGGGGUUAAAGGCGCAAACGUUAUUCAAUAACAAGCGUUAGGUUCUUAAAGAAGAGCGUUUCUAAUAGGGUAUAACCAUUGUAUGAUAGUAGAACCGCCCAUUUCACUUGUGGUCAAAUCAAAGUCAAUCCACAAUUCGCUUAUCGCAUUCUACCGGAAGAUGUACUAUAUAAUUAUAACUGUAUAUUCCAGGCCGCUGGGCGCUUGGUAGCAAUUUUUAAGAACGUUAGAAUGUUUAUAGUCUAAUCGAGUAUUCUCGGAUUACCUAUCUUAAAGAAAUCCGAUUAUUAAACAGCACUAAAUGGUAA